CAUCCGAUCCGGGCAAAUUACCAAAGCAUUUGACGGUUGACACAUUGCAAUAUAAAGGACUAGUAAAAAAAAUUCUAGAUAGGAAGUGGGUCGGUCUCAAAAUAAAUGAGUUGUUAGUUGUAGAAUAUUAUUCUCGCCAGACUUGAACUUAACGAAAAAAGGAAAGGUUCAUAGAAUUUUUUUCCCCUUCCCCUUUCCCCGAACUAAAUCGACCUAAGGCUCUUAAUUCGUAUUUUCCCGUUCACCUAGCAGAAAUAGAUUAACCCUAGGAUACUUUUUUCUUUUUUGUUAUUUCCUCGAUGUGUAUUUUACAUACCACAGUAAUUUGCUAUAGAGAAUUUCUAUUAAUUAAAGGUAUUAUUGUUGGAAUAAAUUGUUAUUUAAUUUGAUACAUUGUGAUCGCUAACAUUGAUGAAUUAAGAGAAACGGAAAGAGAGGGAUUCGAACCCUCGGUAAACAAAAGUCUACAUAGCAGUUCCAAUGCUACGCCUUGAACCGCUCGGCCAUCUCUCCUACAUAAUCUUAUUAUGGAAAAUAAACUGAGUGAAUAGCGAGUUUUCGUAUUCCUGCAGUACAGGUACAGCCACAACGGCUCGGGAAUUCCAUGGCUCUAUUGGAUUGGAUGGAAAAAUUCCUUUUCAUCUAAGUGGAAGGAUCCUGUAUUUUUUUACUAGGAAUUCUGCUCCCUCGAAAAGUUUUUCUUUGGGGAAAACCAAAAUAAAAAGAGAAUGGAAGAAUUCUUCUUAUUCCAUAAGAAAAUAAAGGAACCCUAGAAUUCCAUUUGCAUAAGGUACAUUACGCCAUACAAUCUAAAUAUAAAAGGGGUAUGGGGCAAUUAAUGACUUUGAAAACGCGAAAUAGCUGAUGAGGGAAGUUGUUGUUGAGAAAUAGGAAAGUGGAAUGAAAUCCAGUCUUAGUCAAAUAUUUCAUAUCUCUUCUCUUCUUGUCCAAACAGAAGGAAAAGGAGACAAUUUGAGCUGAGCGGAAAAUCCAUAUCUCUCUUAUCCAUUUAGAGCAUAUGGAUCGAUUUAUAAGAAUCGAAUGUUUUGUUUUUAUGUUAUUUUGUGAUAGAAUGAAAAGAAUUCUAUAUAGAAUGGGUUGGGAAUUAUGCCUAGAUCCCGUAUAAAUGGAAAUUUCAUUGAUAAGACCUCCUCGAUUGUAGCCAAUAUUUUAUUGCAAAUAAUUCCGACAACCUCCGGGGAAAAAAGGGCAUUUACUUAUUAUAGAGAUGGUGCGAUUUGACUCUUUUUUUUUUUAGCCCUACCUAUAUCUCAUUCUUACGAGAAAGAGAGAGGGUUCGCAUAGAGAGAACAAAAUUAGUAAAGGAAACCCGCGCUUGGGGAAGGUGAGGUGAACUAACAAUUCCUUCUGUCGUGUAUCCUCGAUUGAUGUGGCCUCAGAUGCUUCAAUUGUAGAUUUGAGUAUUGAGCGAAAGGUUACACCUACAGGAUAGGUUCUGUAUUACAGGGCAAUCCGACUCUACUAGUACCAAUAGGCAGCAUAGGGGAGAAAAGCACUACACCACGAAAUAGGAAUCAACAAGAGAAAAACUUUGUUAGAAAUUAGCCCUUUCCUGAUUGGUAUCAGGGUUGGGAAGAAUGGUUGGGAUAACAAACAACCAUCAGGUUUGUACUUUGGAUACCCUUAUAACCAUCAAAGGUCGUUGAAGUGGCUAAUUCCUCUAAAUAGGAGGCGUUGAGAACAAAGAAAUUCUUGGAGCUAUCGUUUUCCUCUAGCAUUAAUAUAAUUCAUUGGUGUUAAGAAAAACCUCUUGGGGGAAGGUUGGCUAGAGAUUUCUUGGAAAAAUACCAGCCCCCUUCGGUCCAUAAUGAGAUGGGACUAAUUCGAUUUUUAUUCUAUAGAUUUUUCGCUUAGUACUAUGUAUAGAAGGGAGAAGCCGUAUGAGAUGAAAACCUCAUGUACGGUUUUGGAACGGAGAUUUUUUGAAUAGAAUGAACGACCGUAACGGAUGUUGGCUCAAUCCGAAGGAAAUUAUGCGGAAGCUUUGCAGAAUUAUUAUGAAGCUACGCGACUAGAAAUUGAUCCCUAUGAUCGAAGUUAUAUACUAUAUAACAUAGGCCUUAUACACACAAGCAAUGGAGAGCAUACAAAGGCUUUGGAAUAUUAUUUCCGGGCGCUAGAACGAAACCCCUUCUUACCGCAAGCUUUUAAUAAUAUGGCCGUGAUCUGUCAUUACGUGCGACUAUCUCCACUAUAGAAAGAAGAAAAAAAAGAAAGGAGGAAAUUUUCUAGUGAAUACUAGAAAAGAGGGCUUUCUACAUAGGGAUCGUCAAAACAACGAUUUUACCCUAUCAGCUGUAGGAAGGAAGGACACUUCACGAGAAUCAAAAUAGGAAGAAAGUAGAGCCUAUACUACUAUUCUAUGGAUAAAGCUGAAAUUGAUAGAGAAAACACCGUAAAGAUCAAUUAGUGAGCGACUGGGUCGAUACAACUAAAAAAAACUGCUUCAUUAUACCACGAUAUGGGACAAAAUUUAGGAAUCCGCUUAUGUAAUAAAGCCGAUCCACUAAGGGAUUAAGCAGCGGUGUAGUAUCAGAUCCCAAAGAUAGUAAGUUCUUUUUUCUUUCUUAUGGAAAAAGGUCUUUUUCCAGGAUUCUAUAGAAAUUUCAUAUAUGAAAGAAACGAAACCGAGAUAGUUACCUUUCAGAAAAUUCGAACGAAGGAUAUAGGUCUAUCUAUGCUUCAUUCUUCUGAAGGUGGGAGAAAAGAUCAAACUGAUUAUUGAUCAAAAUUAGGGUUUGAAACUUAGGUAAUUAACUUCUUCUGCUUAACCCAAGAAGAAAUUGGAUUGAUUUUUGAGAAAUCGAAUUCAGUUAAGAUAGGGGAAAUUAAGAUAGCAAUUUCUGAGCCGUAUGAGGUAGGAAACUCUCAAGUACGGUUCUAGGGAAAGGAACUGCCUAUUCCAACCGAGGAGAACAGGCCAUUCUACAGGGCGAUUCGGAAAUUGCGGAAGCUUGGUUUGAUCAAGCUGCUGAGUAUUGGAAACAAGCUAUAGCGCUUACUCCAGGAAAUUAUAUUGAAGCACAGAACUGGUUAAAGAUUACGAAGCGCUUUGAAUUUGAAUAAGACCACUCUCCAUUUUCAUAAAAAGGGUGGUUUGGUUGAAAAUCAAAUCAAGAAUUUCAUUAUAUCCCUUUCUUCUACCUUCAAUUUUAUAUCAUAUUUCAUAAGGAUAAACAAUAGGGAUAGGCUCUGGAACAGAAGUAAUAAAGUACAUAAAAAUCGGCAAUCUAAAUAUUCCUACCUAAUAUAUCAGGACGGUCUUAUUAAUAAUUCUAAUGAGUUAUCUUGGAAUUUUGAAUCGAAUCAAAAAAUCUAUAUUAUGCUCACUCAAGGAAAGUAGAUGUAGAUAGGGGCUUAUACCCUCAGAAAAAAAAUACACCAGCUUCUUAAAUUAAAACGUAAAAAAAGAUUUUUUUGUUAUGUCGGGAAAUAAUUUUCCAGAAUAACCAAUGUCCGUUAGGCACCUAAUCCUUAUGUCAUAAUAGAUCCGAACACUUGCCUCGGAUUGACUUCAAUAUAUAAUUGCUCCAGUGAAUAACUAAAAAAAAAAAAUAGAAGGACGGUAGAUAGUAAAGAAAAGGACUAAUCAUAAUAUCUAUCUUUAAAAGAUUCAAUAAAAAGACAGUUGGCGGGUCUCUUUGUAUGUCUUGUCCGGAAAGAGGAGGACUUAAUGAUUAUUCGUUCGUCGGAACCAGAAGUUAAAAUUGCUGUGGAUAGGGAUCCUAUAAAAACAUCUUUUGAGGAAUGGGCCAGACCCGGGCAUUUCUCAAGAACAAUAGCUAAGGGCCCCGAUACUACCACUUGGAUCUGGAACCUACAUGCUGAUGCUCACGAUUUCGAUAGUCAUACCGGUGAUUUGGAGGAGAUCUCCCGAAAAGUCUUUAGUGCUCAUUUCGGCCAACUCUCCAUUAUCUUUCUUUGGUUGAGUGGCAUGUACUUCCACGGUGCCCGUUUUUCCAAUUAUGAAGCAUGGCUAAGCGAUCCUACUCACAUUGGACCCAGUGCUCAGGUAGUUUGGCCAAUAGUAGGACAAGAAAUUUUGAAUGGUGAUGUAGGCGGGGGUUUCCGAGGAAUCCAAAUAACCUCUGGUUUUUUUCAGAUUUGGCGAGCAUCCGGAAUAACUAGUGAAUUACAACUCUAUUGUACCGCAAUUGGUGCAUUGAUUUUUGCAUCGUUAAUGCUUUUUGCCGGUUGGUUCCAUUAUCACAAAGCCGCUCCCAAAUUGGCCUGGUUCCAAGAUGUAGAAUCCAUGUUGAAUCACCACUUAGCGGGAUUAUUAGGACUUGGGUCUCUUUCUUGGGCGGGACACCAAAUCCAUGUAUCUUUACCGAUUAACCAAUUUCUCGACGCUGGGGUUGAUCCUAAAGAGAUACCACUUCCUCAUGAAUUUAUCUUGAAUCGCGACCUUUUGGCUCAACUUUAUCCUAGUUUUGCCGAAGGAGCAACCCCUUUUUUCACCUUGAAUUGGUCCAAAUAUGCGGAAUUUCUUAGUUUUCGCGGAGGACUAGAUCCAAUAACCGGUGGUCUAUGGUUGAGCGAUAUUGCACACCAUCAUUUAGCUAUUGCUAUUCUUUUCCUGAUCGCUGGUCAUAUGUAUAGGACCAAUUGGGGUAUUGGUCAUGGACUUAAAGAUAUUUUGGAGGCUCAUAAGGGCCCAUUUACAGGACAAGGCCAUAAAGGUCUCUAUGAAAUCCUAACAACGUCAUGGCAUGCUCAAUUAUCUCUUAACCUAGCUAUGCUAGGCUCUACAACUAUUGUUGUAGCUCAUCAUAUGUACUCUAUGCCCCCCUAUCCAUACCUAGCUACUGACUACGGUACACAACUUUCCUUGUUCACACACCACAUGUGGAUUGGCGGAUUUCUAAUAGUUGGUGCUGCUGCACAUGCAGCCAUUUUUAUGGUAAGAGACUAUGAUCCAACUACUCGAUACAACGAUCUAUUAGAUCGCGUCCUUAGACACCGCGAUGCAAUCAUAUCCCACCUUAACUGGGUAUGUAUAUUUCUGGGUUUUCACAGUUUUGGCUUGUACAUUCAUAAUGAUACCAUGAGUGCUUUAGGCCGUCCCCAAGAUAUGUUUUCGGAUACCGCCAUACAAUUACAACCCAUCUUUGCUCAAUGGAUACAAAAUAUCCAUGCUGGCGCGCCUGGCGUAACAGCUCCUGGUGCAACAACAAGUACCAGCUUAACGUGGGGAGGCGGCGAGUUAGUAGCUAUAGGCGGCAAAGUAGCUUUGUUACCUAUUCCAUUAGGAACCGCAGAUUUUUUAGUCCAUCACAUUCACGCAUUUACCAUCCAUGUGACUGUAUUAAUACUUUUGAAAGGUGUUUUAUUUGCUCGCAGUUCCCGUCUGAUACCUGAUAAAGCAAAUCUUGGCUUUCGCUUCCCUUGCGACGGACCUGGGCGAGGGGGAACAUGUCAAGUAUCCGCCUGGGAUCAUGUUUUCUUAGGUCUAUUCUGGAUGUACAAUUCUAUUUCGGUAGUCAUUUUCCAUUUCAGUUGGAAAAUGCAGUCGGAUGUUUGGGGUACUAUAAGUGAUCAAGGGAUAGUAACUCAUAUCACAGGGGGAAACUUUGCGCAGAGUUCCAUUACGAUUAAUGGUUGGCUUCGAGAUUUCUUGUGGGCACAGGCAUCCCAAGUAAUUCAGUCUUAUGGUUCUUCAUUAUCUGCAUAUGGUCUUUUUUUCUUAGGCGCUCAUUUUGUCUGGGCUUUCAGUUUAAUGUUUUUAUUCAGCGGCCGUGGUUAUUGGCAAGAACUCAUUGAAUCUAUCGUUUGGGCUCAUAACAAAUUAAAAGUUGCUCCUGCUACUCAGCCUAGAGCCUUGAGCAUUAUACAAGGACGUGCUGUAGGAGUAACCCAUUACCUUCUGGGUGGAAUUGCCACAACAUGGGCAUUCUUCUUAGCGAGAAUUAUUGCAGUAGGAUAGUGGCUAGGAGGAUUUGAAAGGCAUUAUGGAAUUAAGAUUUCCCAGGUUUAGCCAAGGCUUAGCUCAGGACCCCACUACUCGUCGUAUUUGGUUUGGUAUUGCUACCGCACAUGAUUUCGAAAGUCAUGAUGAUAUUACUGAGGAACGUCUUUAUCAGAACAUUUUUGCUUCUCACUUUGGGCAGUUAGCAAUAAUCUUUCUAUGGACGUCCGGAAAUCUGUUUCAUGUAGCUUGGCAAGGAAAUUUUGAAUCAUGGAUACAGGAUCCUUUACACGUAAGACCUAUUGCUCAUGCCAUUUGGGAUCCUCAUUUUGGGCAACCCGCUGUGGAAGCCUUUACUCGAGGAGGUGCUGCCGGUCCAGUGAAUAUCGCUUAUUCUGGGGUUUAUCAGUGGUGGUAUACAAUUGGAUUGCGCACCAAUGAAGAUCUUUAUACUGGAGCUCUUUUUCUAUUAUUUCUUUCUACGCUAUCCUUAAUAGGGGGUUGGUUACAUCUACAACCCAAAUGGAAGCCAAGCCUUUCGUGGUUCAAAAACGCCGAAUCUCGUCUGAAUCAUCAUUUGUCAGGACUUUUCGGAGUAAGUUCUUUGGCUUGGACAGGACAUUUAGUUCAUGUUGCUAUUCCCGGAUCCAGGGGGGAGUACGUUCGAUGGAAUAAUUUCUUAGAUGUAUUACCCUAUCCCCAGGGGUUGGGUCCCCUUCUGACGGGUCAGUGGAAUCUUUAUGCCCAAAAUCCUGAUUCGAGUAAUCAUUUAUUUGGUACCACUCAAGGAGCGGGAACUGCCAUUCUGACCCUUCUUGGGGGAUUCCAUCCACAAACACAAAGUUUGUGGCUGACCGAUAUUGCUCAUCAUCAUUUAGCUAUUGCAUUUAUUUUUCUCAUUGCCGGUCAUAUGUAUCGAACUAACUUCGGAAUUGGGCACAGUAUCAAAGAUCUUUUAGAAGCACAUACUCCUCCGGGGGGUCGAUUAGGACGUGGGCAUAAAGGCCUUUAUGAUACAAUCAAUAAUUCGAUUCAUUUUCAAUUAGGCCUUGCUCUAGCUUCCUUAGGGGUUAUUACUUCCUUAGUAGCUCAACAUAUGUACUCUUUACCUGCUUAUGCAUUCAUAGCACAAGACUUUACUACUCAAGCUGCUUUAUAUACUCAUCACCAAUACAUUGCAGGGUUCAUCAUGACAGGGGCUUUUGCUCAUGGAGCUAUUUUUUUCAUUAGGGAUUACAAUCCGGAACAGAAUGAAGAUAAUGUAUUGGCAAGAAUGUUAGACCAUAAGGAAGCUAUCAUAUCUCAUUUAAGUUGGGCUAGCCUCUUCCUAGGAUUCCAUACCUUGGGCCUUUAUGUUCAUAACGACGUUAUGCUUGCUUUUGGUACUCCAGAAAAGCAAAUCUUGAUUGAACCUAUAUUUGCCCAAUGGAUACAAUCUGCUCAUGGUAAGACGACAUAUGGGUUCGAUAUACUCUUAUCUUCAACGAAUGGCCCCGCUUUCAAUGCAGGUCGAAACAUAUGGUUGCCCGGAUGGUUGAAUGCUGUUAAUGAGAAUAGUAAUUCGCUUUUCUUAACAAUAGGACCUGGGGAUUUCUUGGUUCAUCAUGCUAUUGCUCUAGGUUUGCAUACAACUACAUUGAUUUUAGUAAAGGGUGCUUUAGAUGCACGCGGUUCCAAAUUAAUGCCGGAUAAAAAGGAUUUCGGGUAUAGUUUUCCUUGCGACGGCCCAGGGCGCGGCGGUACUUGUGAUAUUUCUGCUUGGGACGCGUUUUAUUUGGCAGUUUUCUGGAUGUUAAAUACCAUUGGAUGGGUUACUUUUUAUUGGCAUUGGAAACACAUUACAUUAUGGCAGGGCAACGUUUCACAAUUUAAUGAAUCCUCCACUUAUUUGAUGGGAUGGUUAAGAGAUUACCUAUGGUUAAACUCUUCACAACUUAUUAAUGGAUAUAAUCCUUUUGGGAUGAAUAGUUUAUCAGUAUGGGCUUGGAUGUUCUUAUUUGGACAUCUUGUUUGGGCUACAGGAUUUAUGUUCUUAAUUUCCUGGCGUGGAUAUUGGCAGGAAUUAAUUGAGACUUUAGCAUGGGCUCAUGAACGGACACCUUUGGCUAAUUUAAUUCGCUGGAGAGAUAAGCCCGUGGCUCUUUCCAUUGUGCAAGCAAGAUUGGUCGGAUUAGCCCACUUUUCCGUGGGUUAUAUAUUCACUUAUGCAGCUUUCUUGAUUGCCUCAACAUCAGGCAAGUUUGGUUAAUUUAGUUAUUUUUUUUUUGUACUGUAUCAGAACCCAGUUCAUUACUCUUGAUGGAGAGGGAGGAUCCGCCUUUUUAGAUUUUUGCUAUUUAUUUUUUCUAUCUAGGAUUAGAACCAUAUACUUGGUAAUAAUAGGAACGGCACAUUAUGGCAAAAAAAAGUUUGAUUCAGAGGGAGAAGAAGCGGCAGAAAUUAGAACAAAAAUAUCAUUUGAUUCGUCGAUCCUCAAAAAAAAAGAUAAGAAGCAAAGUUUCCCCUUUGAGUUUGAG